GCAAGUGUUAGGGCCCAGCAUGAUCAUUGUCUACCUGUUCUUAGCCUCACGUAGCUUGAAUCACUCCUUCGCACGGUCAAAGCCUUCUUGACUAAACCAUUUAUGUUUUGCUGAUCGACCGGAACCAGAACACAUUGGCAUUAUGGUAUACAAAAAAGCAUGGAUGAUGAAAAUUAAUAUCGCAUUUAAUCGAGUACAGCCCACAAAGAUGGCAUUGACGUUACUGUUUAUAUUCAUUGGCCUUUCUGUUAUUUGCCGCGUUGGUGAAGGAGCACCGUGUAACUUUGAUGUCGACCUAUGCAACUACACACAGGAUACAACGGAUGAUUUUGAUUGGAUUAGGAUUAAUGGUGCAUCUUCUAUGAAUGACACUGGGCCAGAUGCAGAUCAUACACAUGGAACAUCACAAGGAUACUAUGUCUACGCCAAUGCUGGUUUUCCUCAAACGCCUGGCUUAGUUUCUCGACUGAUCGGUCAACCUAUACCAGUUUUGCAGACCAGCUGUCUUCAAUUCUAUUACUACAUGCAUGGAGAACAUAUGGGUUCUCUUCGAGUAUAUUCUGACGUAAUUUCCUCAAAUCCAGUAUGGAGUCGGUCAGGUAGCCAAGGCAGACAAUGGUUCAGAGGUCUGGCCACCUUGGAACCUUCACCCGGUUCUGAUCAGGUUAUCUUCGAAGCAAUCACUGGUUCUGGCAUACUAUCCGACAUUGCAAUUGAUGACGUCAAUAUUGUUGAUGGAGCGUGUCCGAUUGAAAAUCUAAAUUGUGACUUCGAAAACGACGAGAAUGAAAUGUGUGGUUUUGCGCAAGACCAGACAGAUGACUUUGAUUUCCUAUUGAUUCAGAGUAGAACACCAACGGUUGCUACAGGACCCAAUGAAGAUCAUACAUAUGGAAAUACAUCAGGGCACUACAUCUAUAUAGAAGGAAGUGAGAACGUCUUAGCCCAGAGGGCGCGCAUCAUCUCGCCCACAAUACGUGGUGUUCAGACCAAUGACCGCGAGGGAUUUUGUGUGGUGUUCUGGUACUACAUGCAUGGAAGCGGAGUUGGUGAACUUAAUGUUUACCUACGCAAUGAAAGUUCCUUAAACCUCGGUAAACCAAUCUGGGGGAUAGCAGGAGAGAGAGGUGAAGAGUGGAAAGCGGCAGAAGUGAAACUGAACACGCCCGAAGAUUUUUACGUUGUCUUCGAAGCAACGCGUGGCUUGACUAGUUUUAGCGGCAUUGCCAUUGACGACAUCGAGAUUACUAAUUAUGGCUGCCCUGGAUUUCAUAACAUCGGAAAUGAAAGAAAUAUAUCAUGUGACUUCGAAGAAGAAGGGAUGUGUUCUUACAGCCUGGAUCCAACUAGCACUAUUUCCUGGGAAUGGACAAAUCGUGCAUCACCGGGAAGUACAGGGCCAACUACAGACCAUUCGAUUGGCAAUGAACUAGGGUACUUCAUGUAUGUAUCCAGCACAACAUUUUCAACAUCAGCAGAUCGAGCCCGCCUCUUGUCUCCCGUCGCAGAGCGCCAAAGUGCAUCUUCAUGCGUCGAGUUUUGGUACCACGUUUACGGCAGGGAUACCGAGACGCUCAACGUGUACGUCAAGCUGGAGGGGGUGGUGCUACCGAGUUCACCUGCGUGGUCGAUAACGGGGAACCAAGGAAACUACUGGCAUCGUGCGACGUUUAAUAUUCCAGCCAAUACAAAUAACUAUAGGCUUGUCUUUGAAGCCAUUCCUGGUGAUGCAGUAAGUGAUGACGUUGCUAUUGAUGACAUCACUUUCUACGAAGGCACAGCGUGCCCAAUACCAAGCACUGUUCCACCACUUCCGGCGACAUCGCCGACGGCGGUGACCUCCCUGGAUUGCAAUUUUGAGCUUGGCUUCUGCGGGUACGAACAGGAAUAUGAAAAUGACCAGGCGGACUGGGCAAGAGAACAGGGAAAAUAUGUUGCAAGUUCUGAAACGGGACCACAAGUGGACCACAGUCUUGGGACAAGCGAAGGUUACUACGCGAUGUUCGACCCAUCACUCUUCAUAAGUCUUGACCGGAAUGAAGGAGCCAUACUGGUCUCUCCUUUUCUACAGGCAUCGAACAGCCCUCGCUGCGUUCAGUUCUACGCGUUUAUGUACGGGAAUAACGUGGACUAUCUCAACAUCUACAUCAGACCUUGGGGAGCGACUACCUCAUUAGAUCCACAGUUCUCAAUCUAUGGAAAUAUAGCCAAUGAGUGGCGACUUUACGGAAUGAACGUACCCAGGUCAAAUAAACACUUUCAUGUUCUGUUCCAAGCAAAUGUCGGUCGAUUCAAAUCAUCGGGGAAAAUUGCUAUCGAUGAUAUCCGAAUGGUUACCGGAAUGUGCCCUGAGGAAGUUCCCCCGACCCUACUUCCAUGGGGAGCCGAUUGUGACUUUGAGCAGAACGGGACGCUGUGUGGCUACACCCAGCGAUCUUCAGACGCCUUUGACUGGAUCUGGCACCAGGGUUCAACCGGAAGCACUAACACCGGGCCACAUGCAGACCACACACUCGGAACACCACAAGGCCAUUACAUGUACAUCGAGACCUCACUACCUCAACGCCCAGGAGACCGCGCUAGUCUCGUAUCUCCUGUGUUAAACAGCCAGGACACGGACAUAUGCCUUCGAUUCUAUUACCAUGCGACUGGAGAGGGCGACAUUGGUACACUCAGAAUUAUAUUCAAAUUGGAAGGACUGUCUUCUCUGGUCGAGCUGUUCCGGGUCACCGGUAACAAAGGCGAUCGUUGGAUACCAGUUAAUAUUGAUAUCCCCGCAUCAUCAACAGGCUUUUCCGAUUUCGAGAUUAGAUUUGACGGGUACAAAGGAUACAGCAUUAAGGGGGAUCUUGCCGUCGAUGAUAUUACAUUCUUACGUCAGCCAUGUGAGGGAUAUCCCACUGAAGGUCGAUGCACGUUCGAACAUGGUUUAGAAUAUUGCGGUUACACACUACGUACAGAAAAUGAUGUCACCUACCCUACUUGGCAAUGGUACGACAGGUUAGCUGUCGAAACAUCACCUCUUAUAAAUAUAACUUCGACGUCAUUCAUGUACUCGAUGUCUAAUGCAAGAAAUAUCUCUCCGGUCAUGUAUUCUGAUACCUACGAGCUUCGUGCUCGGGAUCAUUGCUUGACAGCGAAAGUUUUGCUUCUUAAUGACGACGGGGUGCAGUUAAACAUAGCGGUACAAGAAGGUACCAGUGGCCGGCGUAGUACUGUCGGGACUUUUGGCGGGAUUACAACAGCCUUCGAAUGGGUAACCGAAGGGUGGAAGGUACCUUCGGAUUCGGUAACCGGACCUUUCAGGAUUGUUUUCUCGACAACCAUUCAAGGUGGAUCCAAUGGGAUUGUAGCCAUUGAUGAUGUAAAUUUUACUCCGCUAUCGGGAGAGUGUGGACAAGCCAAUACAGAUGGUGAUGGAACAUCCACGAGGUCGGGGAGUUCUGGGGAAAACCCUGGCCUUAUCGCCGGUAUCAUCAUCAUUCUUCUUCUCCUUAUUGCGGUUAUCAUCAUUGCCUUCAUGAUACAUCUUCGGAAAUCAUUCUCAGCGAAGCUGCCAAUCACCGCCUACAGUAGUAGGCAGCCGGAUGAGCAGCCAGUGAUCGGCGAGGACAGUGUUGGUAAUGCAGAUGGUAUCAGGGGGACAUCAUUUAUGCAGGCCACUUACGACCAUGACAACGUUGAAGCUCAAGUUUAAUCGUCAAAAUGGCACUUAGUUUGUCGUAAAUACAU